AUGCAGGGUCUCACCGGAGAAGAGUCAAGGCUUUUUGACUAUGGUCGUCUGCAUUUCCAAGGUUCGGCUUGGGUACGGCUGUGUGACCUUUCACUGGAGACCUCAAGUUUCGGUCGCUUGAUGGAUGACCGCAGGAAUGUCGCGCGCCUCGAGAAGAUUUUCAAAAUCAAAGGGUGCUUGCGCUUGAGCCAGGAAUACCAUAUACCUGUUUCGAUUGACUCCAAUGACUGGGAAAUUAGAGUAAGAAAGAGCUCAAUAGAUGGCGCCAUUCCUUAUCAAUUAAACGUGGACCGUGGAUAUCGGCUUCUUGCUCUCGACCAUGUGAAUGUUAUUCUUGCAGCUCGGAGCCAACUCGAGGGCUAUGAUCCUUGGUGGGUCGUCGAUGUUUACGUGACUGGAUCAGGCAAUAGUGAUCCCAAUAAUGCUAUGAGCGAGAAUCCUGGUCUCCAGAGAGAGUUCCUUCGCUGUCUUCGCGAACGGUUUCCCAAUGAUCGUCAACCGCCAGAUGGUCUGAUUUACCAUAAGAUUCGGCUUUAUUCAGGGAGUCUUGAUGGUGUUCGUAAUGUUCCAGCACUCAAGCAUUGGUGGUCUGUCUUGGAAAAUGGCUCAGGAAGCCGGAAACGACAAUAUCUGAAAGCAUUCUUCAAACGCAACAAAGAACUUGCCGAAGCUUUCGACUCACUUCUCCCAAUACCUGGCCUUUGGGCAGAUAUGCAUAUUGGACUUUUACACAAAUUAGGGGCGAUGAAAUGUGAUGAGCCACUCAUUUCCUAUUUAAAUCUCAUCAAGAAGACGUUUUGUGAAAUAAUGAACCACGACCUUACACUCUUGGCAGCUGUCGACGCCGUUUCCGUGCGCAAAAUCAGGUCUCGUGCUCCUGGUGUGUCCAGCCAAGAUUUGCAUUACUUGAAUGAAGAGAUGCAAAAAAAUAGGAUAUUUCCGUGCAUUACAGACCCUGAGCAGCGGGUUGGAAUUUUUGAGCGCUUUAAAGCCAUUCACUAUCCCAUUCCAACACUUGGAACUUUUUUCCAGGACAGGAUAUACCUCGAAGUUGGCCAAGCAGUGAUGAAAAAGCUGAUCCAGCCUCAACCUGAUAUUCAAUUGUUGACCAUUGACAGUUUAUUGGGAAGACAGCAUCAUCGCGCUGGAGAGAUGAGAUUACCAUAUCCGCAGGGGAUUGUUGGAGAUGAAAUUUUUGAUUUAUGGAGAUUUAGUCUCCAAUAUGGGUUCGAAAUGACAGGAAUUCAACGUCGAGUAGUCCGAAAAAUUGCUGAUAUGGAACGAGAAUCCGAUAACAGACAAUCUGAAACCACGCCGGAACUGUCAUCAACACUACGGCAACAUUUCUUUUUGUUGGCCCGCCACCAUGGCUUUGACGUCCCCUCUAUACCCGAAACCAGCCCUGAAAUGACAGGUCUACCAAUAACGAUACCUUGUGACUUUCCAGCAGACGCUGAAGACGACCUAGAAAUCAUAAGACGAUGUGGCAAACCUUUCACUGAUACUGUGAAUGCUGACCACUUUGCUCUCUCAAGAGACGCUUUGAGAGAUCCACCAGGGCAGCCCCGAAUGUCAGCGGUCUUUGUACGACAGGCAGUCUUCCGUGCUUUCUUUAGUUAUCUUAACGUCAUUACGAUCCAAAGCCCGAAUAACUCUUCAAAUGAUUUUCCAGGAGCAAGUAACAAUUUUACUUUCGAGGGAAUGGAGGACAUGGACUUGUCCACGAAUGAAAAUUUCAAUGUGCAUCCUGGCCACUCUGAAAACAAUGAGAGUAGCCUGGGCUACGGGAAUCUCAACCCGGGACAUGACGAGUGGCCAAAUGAAGUUGAGAUGACGCCGCCCUCAUAUUUCACGAUGCACAUUUCUUUGCCAGACAAAGCAGACGAAUCUUUUCGAAUGCCAAACAAUAAAACAGUGCUGGGUCAGUUCUUUGAGAGCUUGGAUACUCAGGGCUUUGAGAUUACUCGUUUAGGUGAAGAGCGGACACUGCCUUACGAUGAAUGCUACUCUUACUAUCUCGGAGGCCCCUCCAUACCACUGAAAGCGCAACCUAGAAGUGGUUGGGAAGAUGUAUCAGCUUGGAAAAAGAGGAGGGCAGCAGCUGGUGCUGUUUCCUUAAGCCCUGCUGAAGUCUGGUUCGAGGCAGAGAAAGCAAAACUGAAUCAAUCCGAGCCAAGCUUUCCUUCUUUUGCGCAGCGACAAGCUAAUGUGCAGCGAGCAGACAGUGAAGGGGAGUCAUUCGCUGAUAUUACUUAA